GAAUAAUAAAAUAGUUCAAUGGUCACGUAUCUUAAUUUAAAAAGUCAAUGUCGUCUCCAAUCUUUUAUUGUUCAACUGAAAUGCAUUAUUAAGUGUCGUGUAAGAAUGAUCUGAUCCAUUACCCGUAGUUGCUUUUGAUGAGAAGAAUAAGGAUCACUGGAGAGCACAAGCACAGUGGACUUUACAGUCUAAGCUAUCACAGUUGCAAAAUAAAAAUGUAGCAAAAAAUAUAAUUCUCUUCCUUGGUGACGGAAUGAGUAUCACAACUCUAGCUGCUACCAGGGUGUACCUUGGACGGCAACAUGGAAUGACUGGGGAGGAAAUAAAACUUAGCUUCGAGUCAUUCCCAUACACAGGUCUUGCAAAGACGUACUGCGUAGACAAUAACGUGGCUGACUCUGCAUGCAGUGGCACAGCUUAUUUGACUGGAGUGAAGGCCAACAGUGGCACAGUGGGAGUGACAGGUGCUGUCAAGCGGGGUGAUUGUGAAAGUGCCAGAAAUAGUGCCAAUACUGUCACAGGACUUGUAGACUGGGCACAGAGAGCUGGGAAGUCUACAGGUGUGGUGACCACAACUCGGGUCACUCACGCGUCACCAGCGGCUGCGUACGCACACUCGGCUGAUCGCACGUGGGAAGGAGAUGCUGAUUUGCCAAAACGCGGCCUUCAAUGUGAGGACAUUGCAUCACAACUAGUGCAGGGACACGUGGGGAGCCACAUUAAUGUAAUUAUGGGAGGUGGCAGAAGAAAUUUUCUUCCACGUCAUGAAAAGGAUAUCAGUGGCAAGCAUGGAAGUAGAAAUGAUAAUAAGAAUUUAAUUAGAGAGUGGCUUUUAAUAAAGGAGUCCAUGGGCGUGAGACCAAAGUACAUCAAUAGCAGGAGAGAAUUCUAUGCCAAAGACUAUAGUAAUUAUGAUAAUAUAUUAGGAUUAUUCUCAGCUGAUCAUUUACCGUACAAUCUUGAUGCGAGUGAAGAUGAUCCAUCGUUGACUGAGAUGACACAAAAGGCUAUCGAAGUUCUAUCUAAAAACACAAAAGGAUACUUUUUAUUUGUUGAGGGUGGUAGAAUAGAUACUGCACAUCAUGAAACAAAAGCCAGAAAAGCACUCGAUGAGACAGCUGAAUUCGCAAAGGCAGUAGAAGCUGCCUUACGCCUAGUAAACCUAGACGAUACAAUGAUUGUAGUGACUUCAGACCAUAGUCACACUAUGACGUACAGCGGGUAUAGUUCAAGAGGUUCUGAUAUACUGGGACUUGUUAAUUCAAAGUUUAAUGCAUCAGAUAACCUUCCAUACUCAACAUUGAGCUACGCGAACGGACCAGGAUAUAAGCCACACCAGGAUUUCCGAAGACAUAAUCUUAUGUUAGACGAUAUGAAUGACCCAGACUACACUUACCCGUCUCUGGUGCCGAUCCCACGAGAAACCCAUGGUGGUGAAGAUGUGGCAGUGUUCGCAACUGGCCCAUGGGCUCAUCUAUUCAGUGGAAAUUAUGAACAGAACUUUAUACCGCACGCUAUUGCGUAUGCGUCUUGCAUCGGUACUGGUCUUACCGCUUGCAAUUUAUGAUGAAGAAUUUAGUUUCAUUUGUAAAUAUUGUUAUAAAUAUAGGCAAUAAUUUAUUUAUUUUUGUAAUAAUAUAUUUGUAAUGAUUAUAGGUAUGAGGCUAUAAACUUGUAUUAGACUAAGUGGAUUAGAUGUAUGUUUGUUAUGUCUGCGAUUUGAGGGGUUACGCAAGGUAAUAUUUUAGGGCUUAAACUGAUCUUAAAGUUUAGUACAUACAAAAAGAGCAAGAAAAUUUAAAGCCAAUUUUUA